AUGUAUCCAAGCCCGCUAAAUCACUACAGUAGUCACCAUACACCACCAUUUCAUCUGCAACAGCGAAGAAGGCCACGUCCAAGCCUGGAACCCUUCAGCAUUCAAAUGAACCCGGAGCAGAGCUCUGCCUCGGGGUCGUUAUAUGUGCACAACCCGGCCAUGGUGCCCCGUAGCACAAAUUAUGAUAGAAUGGGGAUGGGAAGCGAAGAUGUAGGUAUGGAUGGGGCGGCUCGGGUUCAGCCCUUCUCCUUUGCAUGCGAACUUGCUCAUGGCAGUAACCAGGUUCGUAUCUCGGGCUUUGCCAACAUCCCUGAGCUCUAUCAACGAAUUGCAGAGACCUUCAGCAUCCCUGUCUCGCAGAUCAUGUACUGCACAUUGGACACGCCACGGGUCGAUAUGAACAAGCUGCUAGGCAAUCAGUUAUCCUUCAAUCAUGUAAUUUACGCCCACAUACGAGGCCAAACGAAGGAAGUGAGCCUCUUGAAGUCUGCCGAUGCACUGGGUCUAACCGUGUCGGACAAUAAAGCCGGUGGGGUCUUUGUGAAACGCAUUUCAAACAAUGGCGUGGUGGCGAAGUUUCUGGAACAAUACCCUGAUGGUAUUUGCCCCGGAGACCUCAUCGAGUGCAUCAAUGGACGCUCCUUCAUCAAUUCGCGUCACAUGGAUGUGGUGAAGUACCUCAAGGGGCUUCCGCUCGAUAGCAGAAUUGUACUGCGUCUCAUUUCGCCUGAGAAAAGCCCAUUACCGGAAUUAUCCAAACGGCACAAACAUCCUGGCACAUCUGGAAAGCAGACAAUCCGAUUCACCACCACUGGUGCUGACAUCAGGGAAGCCUUGAGUCAAAGUCAGGAGGUCUUGCUUCGCAGACUUGCUGAGACCGUGGAGGACUUCAUCGGUAUUGCUGACGAAGAGUUGGCCCAAUCAAUAUAUGAUCUGGAGUGUCGAUCCGCGACAAAGGAGGACUUUUUCGAGCUCCUGAAGGAGUACCACUCUGAUUUUAACUUUCCUCCACGGAUUGCGGAGAAGUUUUGGCUGGCCUACGAGUAUCACCUGGACCCCAUGCGCAGCCACAGGAAUUGA